GGUAUCCGGUCAUCUCUAGAAUUUCACGAAAAUUUCAUCCGCCAAAAACGUAAACUAAAGGAGUAUCUUUCGAAAUAAGGUGAUGCCGCAGAUGACCAGCUGUCCAAUAAACUGCGCAAACAGAGACUAAGAUCGGUGCCACCAGAUUUCGAAAAGAGCUGCAGUGAAUCCUGCGCUCAGGAGGCUGGGAUAUUGAAAUUUCCACCUUGUGGGUGGUACAGCUGCGCAGGAAGAAGAAGAACGACAACGCUGCACUCGAUUUGAUAAACAAAAGAAUUAAAAACUCAUAAAAAAAGGAUUAAAUCGGUCACCUGAAGAAGAUGUCAGGCGAAAGUUAGUAGGAUCGAUCCCAACACUUGGUCCAGCAGCAGCAUAGAAAUCUCCAGAUAAGGAUGCAGCAAAUGGACGAUCCGCCUUCGCUGCCCGUGGGCACGGAGGUGAGUGCCAAGUACAAGGGCGCCUUCUGCGAGGCGAAGGUCAGCAAGGUGGUGCGCAAUAUCAAGGUGAAGGUGGCCUACAAGCAGGGCCUAGGCUCCGGCAUUGUCUCCGAUGAUGCCAUCAAAGCACCAACGGGCCAACUUCGCGUCGGUGCGGUCGUGGAGGUGCGUCAUCCAGAUCGCAAGGAACUAGUGGAGGCUACCAUUACGAAGAUCCAGGAUUGUUCGCAGUACACGGUGGUCUUCGACGAUGGAGACAUCACCACGCUCAGGCGAACGGCUCUGUGCCUCAAGAGCGGCAGGCAUUUUAAUGAAAGCAAGACGCUAGACCAGCUGCCACUCACCCAUCCGGAACAAGGUGCCCUCCAUUACAACCGCGUUACCUCGCAGAAUCAGUGGAAGCUCAUCGCCAUGCGCCUGGGCUUCACGCCCUGCACGCCGGCUGCACCCAUCGAUGUCUUGGACCGCAAACGCUUCAUUGUCCAGGCGGUACAGGUGGACCCCGAUAACACCACCCUGUACAGUGUUUGAGGACAGUUGGUCGCCACGGAGUACGAAGUAGAGACGCCAGCUUCCUAGCGGGGAAUCCCCGAGUACUGAGAAGGCAAUUGCCGGGAAUUGCACCGUGUACUUUAUAUUAUUUAUAGUUAUCGAUUAAACCUAGGCUAAAACUGCAAUACCCCUAAACUUAACACACAGUAUUUACCCCCCUCUGCAUCUGCGGCACAAGAAAAACUUUAAGUGGUUGCGCAGAAAUCUCUGGCGAUUGGAUAUUUACUUGCCACAGAGAAAUGUACUUUCAGAUACAUUUUCGAAGUAUUUUAGACCUUUCGAGAUUUCUGCGCAAAUCCUGUACAUUACUUUUAUGAAUUUGUUUAUAUAACUUUUUAAGCGCCUUUCACUUUGUCGCGGCUUUGUACACAUUUGUUGAUUUCCGUUUGUUUAAGUUUUAAGUCAUCCAAAAAUAGUUGUCCACAAUUUAAAGACUUUCAAUUAUUCGCCGUACUUCAUUUGUAUGUAACUUUUUUUUGUAAAAAAAUGUUAGACUUAAGUUUGCGUAAAGAAAAUACAGACAAAGUAUUGAAUUA